AGCUGGGGAAGGAACCCGGGGCCGGACUUGACUGAGGAGGGAGCACGGCUGCAGGGCGCGGUCUAGGGUCGCGGGGAGACUUUUUGUUGGAUUCGGGGAUACGGGAGACCCAGACGCGGGUUCAGCGGCGCGGGAGAUUCCUGAACUCUGACGGGAAGAGACGACGGCAGGAGCAUCAAAAAUCAUCAUGAGCAACAUUAACAUCAAUCAUCAUCAUCAUCAGCAGCAGCAUCUUCAGUGAGAUUGACACCAUUAUCAGCAGCAGUAUUAUCAGUAUUGAGAUCAUACUUAUCAUCAACAGCAUCAUCGUCAGCAGCAGCAUCAACAUUGUCAGUAGCGUUGUCAUCAGUAUCAUCAACGUCAGCAUUGAUAUCAGGAUCGAUAUCAGGAUCAGCACCAUGGACAGGGGCGCGCAGUUGUGUGCGCGUGGCACGGGCGGGGCGCGACAGUCACAGCCAUACAGAUAGUGACACACACACACGUGUACACACACAAAGACACGCGUGUACACACUCACACGUGUACACACACGGGCAUACACAUACGCAUACAUACACCUUAAUACGCACAUACACGCACUUGUAUACACAUACAUACGCAUGUAGAUAUACACACAUUCAUACAUGCACACUUAACUAUAUAGUAUACAAACACAGAUACGCAGACUGUGCAUACACACAAUACUAUACAUGUAAACACUCACACACAUAUACACAUGCACGGCUAUGAUACACAACACACAACAACCACCGUUCGCCACUCAGCAGCGAUGACAUCACCACGGCGCUAGUGCCAGGCUACGUGCACACAGAUACGCAAGCACGCGCGCGCUGCACAUGUAAACACACACACGCGCACGCGCGCGACUAGUUUACACUUGGCACACAAAGAACACCAUCAUCGGCUCCACUGGUGGCGCGCUGGCUCGAGCUGGGCGCAGGGUGGACACAGGGUGGAAGCGAGCCGCGGGCGAUGGACAUGCUCAAGUGCGUGGUGGUGGGAGACGGAGCCGUGGGCAAGACCUGUCUGCUCAUGAGCUACGCCAAUGACCAGUUCCCCGAGGAGUACGUGCCCACCGUAUUUGACCACUACGCAGUGAACGUGACGGUGGAGGGGGAGCAGUACCUGCUGGGACUCUUUGACACCGCUGGACAGGAGGACUUCGAGGGACUGCGUCCGCUCUCGUUCCCGCUCACGGACGUCUUCCUCGUGUGCUUCUCCGUGGUGAACCCGGCCUCCUUCACCAACGCGCGCGAUCUCUGGGUGCGCCAGCUGAGCGCGCGUCUCCCGCGCGUGCCCUUCCUGCUCGUGGGCACCCAGAUUGACCUCCGUGAUGACCCCAAGACGAUCGCGCGCCUGGGCCUCAUCAAGGAGAAGCCGAUCCCUUACGAGCAGGGCAUGAGGAUGGCCAAAGAGAUCGGCGCGCAUUGCUACCUGGAGUGCUCGGCGCUCACGCAGAAGGGCCUGAAGCCCGUGUUUGACGAAGCGAUCCUCGCCAUCCUGAGGCCGCGCCGCGCGUGCCGCCCCAAGCACAUCCACUCUCGAUACUGGCAGUGCUGCCUCAUCACGUGACCAGCCCCCCCCAAACCCCCCCCCCCCCCCGAGCAUUUAAAUCUCUUCCUGCUGCACCUCUCCGCUCCUUCCUGAUCCCCCGCGUCCCUUUGAUGUUCAUCUCUCCUGAUCUUUUAUCGCCCCUGCUCCCUCCCGCCUCUCCGAGCUCUCCUCUCGAGCCGCCCACCUGCUCCCUCUCUCCGUCAUCUCAGCUUCCUACGGCUCUCCGAAUUCAUGCUCCCCAAUGCUCCCAUGAGCCCCUAGGACUUCCACCCCCUCGCUCACACGACACUCACCGCAUCAAUCCCUGAUGCCCACCAUCAACACCACCAUGACCCCUCGCGUCACAUUGACCCCUUAAUCGCAUCUCUCUUCACACUGACCAUGGCCAUAACCCAAUCACAUCUCUCCUAAUCCUGCCCCCAUCACUCCCGUACCCGACCCCAUCACUCUUCCGUUGGCCCUGAAUUUAACCUUUACACCCCCCCCCCCCCCCCAAAAUCACCACACCCCACUCAUUAUCGCCCCCUGCCACGUGACCCAUCUCACACUCACACACCCCCACCCAACCCUUACCAGGUCCCGCUAAGAACCCCUGGAGCCCCCAAAUUUGACUAAUGACCCCUUGACUCCAACUCUCCAACACCACCUCGCCCACCCUCUCCCCUCAUGCGGCUUCUCGGGGGUUCACCCCCAGCCCAUUUCCCCACCGCCCCCCCCCCCUUCCCCUGUCUCACCCCCAACUGUCCCAGACCCCCGCUGUCCCCGCGGGGUUCCCCUCACACGCGAACCCUCAACCGGGGUCCGCCGACUCCUCGCCGCGCGUGAACAAAGAGCGGGUUACACGCGUGGCGUCACCAGGCGGCACGGACACUCGAGGUGCAUCGGCGACGGUCAUGAUGAUGGUUGAGAGGAUACCCUGAUGACGGUGGUGGUGGAGAUGAAUAUGAUGAGCUACCCUGAUAAAGAAAUGGGACGUGACGACGAGGGGCACGCCCGUCUGCGAGCAAUCCACCAACUCCAGCAAAGCCAUCAGAACAUGGAGCUCGGAGACACCACACGUAGAGAACUCGAUGAUGAUGAAAACGAUGAUGAUAUUCACACGUUAUCUGGUGAUGAUGUCUUGCACAAGGAAUCCUGGACAAUUGAGGAAUAAAUGAAUACAUGAUGGAGGGGAAGAUGGGGCUGGAGGGGAGAUCAUGGCGCAAGUGAGCCCACACCCUGGCAGUGACCUUGGAGAAACGAGAUCGUGGUGACCCUUUGGGUCAAUGACCCCUCGGGUCAAUUUCCGCUGGAGGUCAGUGACCUCUAGGUAUUUGAAAUCUGGAGCCUCGUGAACCUCUGUAGCUGAUGUUCAUUAAUUAGAACUCUGCGACCCUGGAGGAUACAGCCCCUAACGAGGAUCCGCGACGUCUCUCGUUGGGAGGUCCCCGACUGAGGUACGAGGGGGAUGGGAUCAGAGACUGAGGCGCAGACGGUGUCGCGAACUGGAGGCCCUGGGGCCCUGGAACGCCGCCUGCUCCAGUGACCCCACGGCCCUCGCACCCCAUACAUUGUCCCGUGACCUCGCAGCGGAUUUGAGACAAAUCUCGGAGUCUCGGCGGAGUUUCUGACUCGGAAGCACCCACUCGUAUUGCACAUCUCGUCCAUGUGAUGCUGGUUGUAUAAUGUUGAUGAUUGUGAUGAUGAUAUGUUGCUGAUGACUUUUGAUGGUAAUGAUUUUGAUGGCGGUAUUUUGAUGAUUUUAAUGACGAUGAAGUUGAUGAUGUUGAUGGAGCCAGAGGGCAGAUGGGAUCAAUAAAGGCGUGGAUUCCACACG